AUGUGUGUCUCAUGGGAGGUCUCCACCAGGAUCCUUCAGUUACCAAAGAAAAAUUGCGAGUCUAACAGCCGCAGGGCUGUGAACAGAGGCUACGUCACCAGCUUGCUCCGGCUGCAUCAGGACUGGCACCACCAAGACGUCACCAAUACCUACGUGCUGAUCCGCCGGGCACUCCUGCUCAGCCUCAAGCACAUUGCCAACCUCCGGUCUGGCAGGGAGGCCUUCCUGGCAGCCCAGGGCAUGGAGAUCCUCUUCAGCACCACCCAGAACUGCCUGGACGACAAAAGCUUGGAGCCUGUCAUCUCCGUCGUAAUUCAGAUCCUCAGACAGUGUUACCCAAAGAGCCCACUUCCCCUGGUCACACCCAGCAGCGCUUAUGCCUUCCCGGUCCCUGGGAGCAUCCCCUCCGAACCUCUGUGUGUUCUAACCGAAGAGGAUUUUGAAGAUGAUGCUGAGGAGGAAGUGGAUAAAGAUUCAGACUCCGAAGAUAUGAAAGAGCAAGAUGAUGACUUGGAAACGGAUGUGAACAAGCUGAGUUCCAAACCUGGUCUUGACCGACCUGAAGAGGAACUGAAGCAGUAUGAGGCGAUGUGUCUUGAGCUCUCCUGCAGCUUUGAGGAACUCGAGUCUAAACCUGGAGAUGAUUUGAACUUUGAAGAGACUCAGGAUGCCAAGCACUACCACAUUCCGACUGCAACCUCCCCAACGCAGCAUUGUUUGACUGAGGACCAACGCUCCUGGGGGCAAGAAAGAGAAGGCAUGGUCCAGACUUCCCUCCUGAAUAUGGUGAAGAUGGGGAGGUCCGCCAUGCAUCCAGCCUCCAAAAAAGGCCCUGGGAUGAACGCAUACCAAAACAUGCAAUCAAAUGGUCUUGGGAUAGAUUCUUCUGGAAAAGAAAUCCCUGACAUUCAAGCUUCCCUCAAACAGGAUGCUUGGGAUAUAGACGUGAUUUCCUGCCCAUUGAUGAGUGCCUCCUCCAAUUCCACUAGGCCUACAGAAACUGCUGAAGUAAUAGAUAAGCUUCUGCAGACACAUCCCAAGCAUGUCCCCUUCCAUGACCCCUCUCUUUAUAUGGCCAAAGCCAGAAGAACCAGAUCUGUGGCCGACUUCAAGAGGAUGGCAUUUCCUGACCUCUGGGGUCACCUUCCACCUCCCUCUGCUCAGUCAAUGCUGGAGCGCAAAUGUGGACUCCAAAGGAUCAAGAUACUCGAGGAUGUCCGGAGGCUCAUCCAGCCAAGUGAUGUUAUAAAUAAAGUCGUCUUCAGUUUAGAUGAGCCUUGGCCUUUGCAUGACACCGCUUCUGACUGCUUGCGGUUCUCCUCCAAGUUUGAGUCAGGAAAUCUUCGCAAAGCCAUCCAAGUGCGUGAGUGGGAGUACGACUUGCUGGUCAACACUGAUGUGAAUAGCAGCCAGCACCAGCAAUGGUUCUACUUUGAGGUGAGCGGCAUGAGAGCUGCCGUCCCUUACCGCUUCAACAUCAUCAACUGUGAGAAGCCCAACAGCCAGUUUAAUUACGGGAUGCAGCCAACUGCGUAUUCUGUGAAGGAGGCUCUUCUUGGAAGACCCACCUGGAUACGGAUGGGCUAUGAAAUCUGUUAUUACAAAAAUCAUUAUCGCCAGAGUGCAGCCGUCAUGGGGGGAGCGUCUAAGAAGUGUUUUUAUACCCUCACCUUUGUGGUCACCUUCCCGCACAAUGAGGAUGCCUGCUACCUGGCCUACCACUAUCCCUACACCUACACAGCCCUCCUGACUCACCUUGACAUCCUGGAAAAAAGCGUGAACCCCAAGCAAGUCUACUUCCGCCAGGAUGUUCUCUGCCAGACGCUGGGAGGGAAUUCGUGUCCAUUGGUGACUAUCACGGCCAUGCCUGAGUCUAAUAGUGCUGACCACCUGGAGCAGUUCCGGCAGCGUCCAUACCAGGUGAUCACUGCCCGAGUGCACCCUGGAGAGAGCAACGCCAGCUGGGUGAUGAAGGGGGCCCUGGAGUUCCUGGUCAGCAGUGACCCCGUGGCUGGACUCCUGAGGGAAAACUUCAUUUUCAAGAUCAUCCCCAUGCUCAAUCCAGAUGGUGUCAUCAAUGGCAACCACAGAUGCUCACUGAAAGGGGAGGAUUUAAACAGACAAUGGCUCUCUCCCAGUGCUCAUCUUCAGCCAACAAUCUACCAUGCCAAAGGACUCCUGUACUACCUGAGCAGUGUUGGCCGAAGUCCCAGGGUCUUCUGUGAUUUCCAUGGCCACUCUCAAAAGAAGAAUGUAUUCCUUUAUGGCUGUAGCAUCAAGGAGACCCUGUGGCAAGCAGAGUCCCCUGUGGGCACAUCGACUCUCUUGGAAGACAUCGGCUACAGGACUCUUCCCAAAAUCCUUGAUAAGCUAGCCCCAGCCUUCACGAUGAGCAGCUGCAGCUUUGUCGUGGAGAAAUCCCGAGCCUCCACAGCCCGGGUGGUGGUGUGGAGAGAGAUGGGGGUGUCCAAAAGCUACACCAUGGAGAGCAGCUACUGUGGUUGCAACCAGGGACCCUAUCAGUGCACCCAGAGACUGAAGUCCCGGGAGCAGAUGGAGAGGGCACACCAAAUUGAUGGUCUACAAGGUCUCCAGUUUGGCACCAGUGAGCUGGAGGAGAUGGGAGCCAUGUUCUGCUUGAGUCUUCUCAUCUUGGAACUCAAGUCUGUAAGCUGCAGCCAUCAGCUCCUGAUCCAGGCAGCAACUCUGCUGAAUGCUGAUGAAGAGGGCCUGGACCACCACCUCCAGCG